AUGUCACUUGCCAAAGUGGCGACUGCUGCUGCUCUUGCUGAUGGCCCACAACCCAAGAAGGAGCCGAACAAGAAGGAGGCUGAUUGGAAGUUGCUAAUCAAGUGGCUGAAAAAGAGGGCAACAAGAAGGUGGAGACAACUUGCUCAACUUGAGCAACUUGCUCAAGGGGCCAAGUUGCUCAACUUGCCAAAAUUUCUGUAUUUGCUUGUCAAGUUGACAACUUACCAAGUUGCUCAUUUUGUGGAGAUUAAAAUAGUAAGAAGUGAGCUCUUCGAAGCCCUAUAUAUACCCGAUCAGCUUCAAGUAUCUAUCAUCCAAGUAGAAUAG